GCAGAACAGGCAGAUGGAUGAAAAUGAGGAUGAACUUUGCACUGCCUCUCACGGCGGCAAAAGGCUGCUGGCUGCUAAAUGUCAGCCGGCAGUGCUCCCACGGAUCCACUGGGUUAUUCGUACCUUCAAGUCCUCCUCCGGACCCUGAGAAAGUCAAAGAGUUACAGCGCUUUAUCACCCUUUCCAAGAGACUCCUAGUGAUAACUGGGGCAGGGAUCUCCACCGAGUCGGGGAUCCCAGACUACAGGUCGGAGAAGGUGGGACUUUAUGCCCGCACUGACCGGCGACCCAUCCAGCACAGGGACUUUGUGCGGAGUGCGGCCAUCCGCCAGCGGUACUGGGCAAGGAACUUUGUGGGCUGGCCCCGGUUCUCCUCCCAUCAUCCCAACCCUGCACACUGGGCUCUGAGCCACUGGGAGAGACUCGGAAAGCUGUACUGGCUGGUGACCCAAAAUGUGGAUGCCCUGCACAGCAAGGCGGGGAGUCAGCGCCUAACGGAACUCCACGGCUGCAUGCACAGGGUCCUCUGCUUGGAUUGUGGUGAACAGAUACCACGUGGGGUGCUGCAGGAGCGCUUUGAGGUGCUGAACCCCACUUGGAGUGUGGAGGCCCAUGGCCUAGCUCCCGAUGGGGACGUCUUUCUCACCGACGAGCAAGUUCAGAGCUUUCAGGUGGCCUCCUGUGCUCGAUGUGGGGGCCCUCUGAAACCAGAUGUCGUUUUCUUCGGGGACACAGUGAACCCUGACAAGGUGAACUUCGUGCACAGGCGUGUAAAGGAAGCCGACUCCCUCUUGGUAGUGGGCUCGUCCCUGCAGGUGUACUCUGGCUAUCGAUUUAUCCUCACUGCCCGGGAGAAGAAGCUCCCAAUCGCUAUACUGAACAUUGGGCCCACACGGUCAGACAAUCUGGCCUGCCUGAAACUGGAUUCGCGCUGCGGAGAGUUGCUACCUUUGAUUGACCCGCACUGAUCACAGCCUGAUGCUCUUGAACCAGAAACUGGGCUUUCACUUGAAUCCUGUGGCUAAAGGUAGAAGAAAUGGCUGGGAAAUAUGUAAGCCAGCGCCCCUGCUGAAGUGCUCCUGGGGUUCUCACUCAUGUGGGGAGAAAGGAUAAAGGAAAUGGCUUAAUUUAUAAUUUGGAAAAUGUCCUUAAUUGCAUUUUUAUAUAGAAAAGAUGAGCAUUCAUCUGAAAAAUUUUUAUUGAUCAAGGAAUAAAGGAAUCACUUAAUAGUACACCA